GGGCGAAUCCCGCGCGGAGGCUGCGCGACCUCAGUCGAGCGCCGCCGCUCCGCCAUGUUCCACUGCAUCGUGCAGCCGCGGCAUGACUGGGGACCGCCAGACUUCGCCAAUGCCUUCCCCGAUAUAAAGUCACAACUAGUGGAGCACACUCGCGUGCUAGAGGCUCGCGCGGAGGCGACGGCGGGCGUGGCUGGGGAACUCCACGAGUACUGCCGGAGACGCGCCGACCUGGAACACGAGUACGCGAGGGCACUCGACAAGCUCGCCCGCGCCGCGCACCAGCGACACGAGGGACAGAAACACAAACGCGAGCAAUGGGCGAUCACGGGCGCGUUCUCGUGCUGGCAGACGGCGCUGGACGCGACGCGCUCGCUGUCCCGGGACCACGCCGCGCUCGCCGACCUGUACGGGGGCCCGCUGGCCGCGCGCCUGCAGCGGGCCGCCGACGACGCGCUCCGCCUGCACAGGAAGUGCCGGGACAUCGUGUCUGAGCGGCACGAGGAGGUGUGCGCGGCGCUGGCGGAGGCGUGGGGCGCGGGCAAGGCGCAGACCGCCGCGGCGCACGAGUGGCGCGUCGCCGCACACAAGCUGCGCACCGCACACGCCGCGCGCGCCGCCCUCGCCGCACACUCGCCGCCGCGACACAAGAAGCUCAAGGCGCUCGACAAGGAACUAGACAAGCGUCGCUCGCGGCACAGCGCGGCGCGCGCACACGCGCUGCGGGCCCGCGCCGACUACGUGCUCAGCCUCGAGGCCGCCAACGCCACGCUGCAGCGGUACUUCCUCGACGACAUCGCCGACAUCAUCCUGUGCAUGGAGGUGGGGUUCGAGGCGGUGGUGGGGCGCGCCGUGCGCACGCUGGGCGCGGCGGAGGGCGGCGCGGGGCGGGCGCGGGCGGGCGCGGGGGAGGCGCUGUGCGGCGCGGCGGCGGCGCUGGACGCGCUGGCGGACCGGCGCCGCCUGCUGGACGCGCACGUGGCCGCCUUCGCGCUGCCCCGCCCGCUGCCGCACCAGCCGCCGCCGCCGGACAGACAGGACGAGGAGAUGCGCGAGGUGAUAGGGGACGCGGCGCCCGAGCAGGACGAGCACACCGCGCGCGUCACCGCCGAGCUGGAGCAGCGCCUCCUGCAGCUCGACGCUGCCGCGCGGCAGCUGCGGGCGGAGUGCCGCGAGAACGCCAAGACGCUCGACGCCGCCGAGGCAGAGCUCAUCAAGCAGAUGGAGGGCAGCGACGCGCACUGGGACGUCAGCAACCUGUUCGGCCCCGGAGCUACACCCCUGGCCACUGCCGCCGCCGCCGACGAUAACGACGCGCCGCGACGAGACCAAGAGGACUAUUACUUAGCGAAGUUCCGGGCCUACGUGUCGUGCGCCGGCCGCCUGGCGCGCCUGGAGUGCAAGGCGGGGGUGGCCCGCGCGCGCCUGGGGGCCGGGGGGGGCGCGGCGGGGGCGCCCGGCACGCCGCCCUCCCCGCCGCGCCGCGCCGCCGCCCGCCUGCGCCGCGGACAGUUCGCGGCGCCGCUGGAGCACCGGCUGCCCGUGGUGCUGACGUCGUGCGUGCGCGUGAUCGCGUCGUACGGGCUGCGGCACCAGGGCGCGUUCCGCGUGUCGGGCUCGCAGGUGGAGAUGCAGGCGCUGCGGGCCGCCUUCGAGCGCGGCGAGGACCCGCUGGCGGACGUGCGCGACGCGACCGACAUCAACUCGGUGUGCGGGCUGCUCAAGCUGUACCUGCGCGAGCUGCGGCCGCCGCUGCUGCCCCCGCAGCUGCAGGAGCGGCUGGUGCGCGUGGCGGCCGUGCCCGACGACGCCGAGUUCGUGCGGCGCCUGCGCGACACGCUGGCCGUGCUGCCGCGCCCCGCGCUGCUGGUGCUGCGCUACCUGUUCGCCUUCCUGGCGCACCUGGCCGAGCACAGCGACCACAACAUGAUGGACGCCUGGAACCUCGCCAUCUGCGUGGGGCCCACGCUGCUGGCCGCCGCGCCGGCCGACGGCGGCCAGCAGGUCACGGCGCAGAACCUGGUCAACGAGCUGGUGAAGCGCACCAUCAUCCACCACCUGGACGUAUUCCCGCAGGACAUCGCGCCCUACGCCCUGUACAGCAGAUUCCCAGAUGCGAGCGGCGAGGACGACAAUAAAGAGAAAGAGGAGGGCGAGGAGUACGACGAGGAGGAGGGCGCGGAGUGUGCCCCGGACGUGACGUCACUGGACGAGCACGACGCGCCGGACGACCUGUCGCUCUACAACGACGAAGACGACGAAGCGAGCGACGAGUGCGAGAACGGCGACUGGAGCGAGCGCGACUCUGCGGAGUUCCAGAGGCCCCCCGGCGCCCCCCGCCGCGCCGCCGCCGCGCAGACGAGCCCCGCGGCCCCCGCGCCCUCGCCCCCCGCCGCCCCCGCCGCCCGCACCGACACCGCCAGUCGUCUAGCGGAGAGCACCCCGGACCUAGUGUUGGACCUCCCGUCCCGUGCGGCCCCCACCGCGCCCCCCGCGCCCCCCGCGCUGCUCCCAGUCGAGCCCCCGUCGGUGCCCCCCGCCGCGGCCCCCGCGGUGACGCCCGGCGCUGACCCCGCAGAUACCUUCGUGCACAACAGGGAUACACUCAAGAAACGUCCUCAACACAAACAGUCCAAGUCGGAGGGCGGCACGGAGGAGCCGGCGGGGGGCAGCCCGGUGCCGGCGCGGAACACGGCUCGCGUGGCGGCCAAGUUCGCCGACCUCACCCUCACCGGCGGCUCCCUCAAGCCCGCGCUGGCCGCCAAGCCCGCCCUGCUGCGCCGCCCGCCCGCCGCCGCCUCCGCGCCCGCCCCCGCGCCCGCCCCCGCGCCCGCCGCCGCGCCCGCGCCCGCGCCGCACUGACCGGCCGGCUGCACUAUAUAUUGAUAUCAAAUAUGUUUUAUAAAUGUGUAACUUUAAACUUGUAAUAUUUAUAUAAUAUAAGGUCUUAUUUUGACGCAUAAAUGUCCUAAGUGUUGCCUGAUUGUGUACCUUGUCUGGUUGCAACAGUGUUCAUUGUUGACUGGUAUACUCUGACUUGGAUCAUAAUCCAUAUCACGACAGAUAUUUUUAUAAAUUUUAUAUUAAAAAUAAACUUGCACGUCCAUAAAAUAAUAUCCUUUAGAAGCUUAAGUCCGGCUCGCGUCCGGUUCGCGUCCGGCUCGCGUCCGGUGGGUGCCUUGGCCCGGCGCUCGGUCCAGUCGCCAGUUUCAAACCUGAAUGUUAUUUAUGUGAAUCUCAGUGGCGCGUGACGUCACCUCCAUGUGACACGUAGUUGUUAGGUGUGACGUCAUCACUCGACCCUCAACAUUAUUUGGUUAUUUUAAUUCUAUGAAGCCCCAGUUAGUAGCACAACAGUAUUAUCAAUAAUUUCGUCGAAUGUGAAGAUCUCGUUACGAACUGGUUUAAUAGUAGUGAUAUAUUAUUAAUGAUUCAAUUAAAAGUGUAUUUCAAUUUGCAAGAAUUCGAAGUACAGAGCGAGGGUGUGAGAGGGCUGAUGACGUCACCGGUCCCAUAUUGUGCGGUGUCUAUAUAUAGUUGUAUGUUAUUUUUGUACGCGUCUCUUAUCUGGUACGAAUCUCUAGUUAUAGUAGAGCGGUGUGCUGGUGCUCCCUCCCCCCGGGACUCCUCGUCUGCACCUCCACGUGUAGUUAGCCAGCUGCAUGUAGCCGGGUGCUCCGGGAGCCGGCGCCGACACGUGCUGUCGGGAGCCAAGAGCUUGGAUCUAACGGCACCUCGACGGUCCUCUGACACGGAAUACUCAUGCGUUCAUGAUACUGGUGAUAUUUCAUAAAUAUCACCAGUAUCAGGACAAACCAUAUUAAAUUUUCGGAGAACAUUUUUUGAAACUCCGAGCUGAAAGUUUACUGAGUAUGUUAGAGGCUCGCUCGGAUCUAGAGAGCGACGGGCGCGGGGUGCCGGGGGGCGGGGGCGGGAAGAGGGGGGCACAGGACCUCCUGUCACCUCGCACUCAAUAAAACAGUAUUACUCGCA